AUGGAUGCCUACGUAGAUAUCAAGAAUGAUGCCAAUGUGGUUGCCAAUAAGAAGAGAUUACUGAGGUUACAGGAUAGCACCUCACUUACUAUGGGGCUUGCAGCCGGUAUAUUGCAGUUGGAAUCUUUGAAAGGGUUUUACAUGUUUGUUGCUAGUUUUAUGAGCAUCGGCUUAUUAUACGUGGUAUGGAUUUGUCAAUUAAAACCCAGCAAAUAUUACCAAAGUCCCAUUCAGGAGAUAUUCAUGGAUUCAUUUUUCAGAGAAUUAAUGGGGUUUGUAAUGGCAUGGACCUUUUCUUAUGCCCUUGUAGGUUAA